UGAGAGAGGGAGAGCAGUGUGAGACAGAGCAGUGCGGGACAAUACGGAGCUGUCAAAGGAAGGAAACACCUUUAUUUCUCAUUUCCACAUCCAUAGCUAUUUUUUUCUAUCUGAUUGUAACGUUCAGACAAGGCGGGGCUGACUCUCCUGUCUCAUUUCGGACGCACCACAAGAAGGAUAGCGCAGACAUCCAGAGUGCUGCUGCUGCUGCUGCUGCUGCUGUUGUUUAUGACAUUAGAGACCCAGGCAUGAAUUCGGCCGAACAGACGGUAACAUGGCUCAUAACACUGGGGGUCCUGGAGUCUCCCAAGAAAAGCAUCUCUGAUCCAGAAGCUUUCCUCCAAACGUCUUUACAGGAUGGAGCCGUGCUGUGCAGGCUGCUGGAGCGACUCAGACCCGGGACGCUGGACAAAUUUUUCCAGGAACCGAGGAGCGACAGCGAGUGUCAGAGGAACAUUACCGAGUUUAUAAACGGCUGCGGGGCUUUCGGUGUGGAGCCUUUUGAGGUUAAUGACCUCCUGCAGGGACUGAACUUCUCCAAGGUCCUAAACUCCUUGGUUGCCCUUAACAAAGCGACUGAAGAAUCAGGUGGUCCUGGAGACAGCGUGUGCGUGCCACACUCCUCAACGUUGAGGAUCAAGUCAUUUGAUUCUCUGAACACUCAGAGUCGCUCCUCCAAACUGCUGCAGCCUCAGUACCGCAGCCUGGACAUGUCGGAGGGCAGUGGGUGUGGCCAUUUGUUGGUUAAGGCUCGCUUUGCCUUCCAGCAGACCAAUGAGGACGAACUCUCUUUCUCUAAGGGCGACAUCAUCAGUGUGAGCAGGCAGGAGGAGGGGGGCUGGUGGGAGGGCUCGUUCAAUGGCAAGACUGGGUGGUUUCCCAGUAACUAUGUACGGGAGCUGAAAGGAAGCGACAAGUCAUCAGACAAGCCAAAGUCUGGGACACUGAGAAGUCCCCCUAAAGGUUUUGACACCACUAUCAUCAGUAAAACCUACUACAACGUGGUCCUACAGAACAUCCUGGAAGCAGAGAGUGAAUAUUCGAGGGAGCUACAGAGUCUCCUGGGAUCAUACCUGCGUUCACUCCACCCGACAGACAGACUCAGCAGUGUUGACAUCAGUCACAUUCAGGGAAAUCUGGAGGAGAUCUCAACCUUCCAGCAGAUGUUGGUUCAGUCCUUGGAGGAGCAUACAAAACUUCCAGAGAGCCAGCAGAGGAUAGGGGGGUUCUUCCUGAGUCUGAUGCCCCAGAUGAAGAUCCUCUACGUGGCCUACUGCUCCACCCAUCCAGCUGCUGUCAAUGUACUCACCCAACACAGUGAGGAGCUGGGGGAGUACAUGGAGUCAAAGGGGGCGUCCAGUCCGGGGAUCCUGACUCUGACCACCAGUCUGAGUAAACCCUUCACCAGAUUGGAGAGAUACCCAACCCUGCUCAAAGAACUGGACAGACACAUGGAGGACCAACACCCUGACAGAGCUGACCUCCACGCUUCUAUGACCUCUUUUAAAACCCUUGCAGCUCAGUGCCAGGAGGUGAGGAAGAAGAAGGACCUGGAGUUACAGAUUUUAACAGAGCCAAUCAGAAACUGGGAGGGGGAUGACAUCAAAACCCUCGGCCCUGUUCUCCACAUGUCCCAGGCCACAGUCCACACUCAGAACUGUCAGGAGUUAAAUGAACGCUACCUCGUGCUCUUCCCUCACACUCUGGUCGUGCUUUCUGCCAGCCUGAGGAUGAGCGGAUUCAUCUACCAGGGGAAGAUGCCUCUGUCAGGAAUGCUCAUCUCCAGAAUAGAAGACGGAGAAAACCUGAGGAAUGCUUUUGAAAUAUCCGGCGGCCAGUGUGAGCGGAUGCAGGUGGCGUGCAACAGUCAGCAGGAUUUACAAGACUGGCUGGACCUUCUCACCAAACACACACACACUUCAGGCACGCACAGACACUCGCACAGGACUCAAUCUGUCUGUCACACAUUGCCCUCCCACCCCGUCACUCCUUCCAGACACUCAGAGUCUCGUGCAGGGAGCAGUGGAAACGCCUACCACACCCUUCCCCAUCCCUCAUCAUUUGGGACAACCCUCAGCAGCAGCCCCAUGUGGGGGCCCCUGGAGCCACCAAGUACCCCCAAACCCUGGAGCCUGAGCUGCCUUCGCCCAGCGCCUCCAUUACGGCCCUCUGCUGCUCUCAGCAACAAAGACGAUAUGAGUAAGAGUCCUAAGAACAUGAAGAAGCUGCUCCCUAAGAGGAAGCCGGAGAGGAAACCCUCAGAAGAAGACUUCACCGUCAGAAAGAGUACAGCAGCUCUAGAGGAGGACGCUCAGAUACUGAAAGUGAUCGAGGCCUACUGUACCAGCGCCAAGACACGGCAGACUCUCAACUCCACCUGGCAAGGGACUGACCUCAUGCACAACCAUGUGCUCGCUGACACCAGCCUCACCGUCGCUGGUUUCCCUGGAAACCUGCCAUGUUCUGACCAAUCAGAAGACUCGGAUUAUGACAGUCUGUGGACCGCCCAUAGUUACAGGACUGCCUCAUUUUCUCGCUCCAGCAGGAAGGAUGUUCAUAUGUUGUUCCCAGAGGAGGAGAAGAUUAUCGUGGAGGAGACCAGGAGCAACGGACAAACUGUAAUGGAGGAGAGGAGUCUGGUGGACACGGUGUACAGUCUGAAAGAUGAGGUCCAGGAACUCAAACAGGACAACAAGAGGAUGAAGAGGACGCUAGAGGAGGAGCAGCGAGCGAGGAAAGAGCUGGAGAGGAUCAUUAGGAGAGUUCUGAAGAACAUGAACGAUCCAACCUGGGAUGAGACUAACCUCUGAGAUCAAUACACAUCUGAUCAUCAUGGACAAGACCAAUUUCUGACUUUUAAAUGACCAAAUGACUAAUGAACCGUUGUUCCACCUAUGUGGGAUCUGAUGGCCAAUAAUGAUAUUUAUGGACAGAAGCUGCCAAUAUUUCAUGCCCUUAUUCAACAUCUCUUCACCAUUUCCACUUGCUUUGACCUUCUCAGUGACCUGUGUACCAAAGUGUGGACCAAGAGAAGCUGCCUGCCAGCCAUCAGCAAAACCAUCCCAACUGACCAUAAAGCUGUGAAACCAAAUGAGCUGGUAGGCAUGACGACAUCACUUCCUGUUUGUCUCCAUUUCUUUUUCAAUCUUCAGAACACUGAAAGAAGAAUCACUUCUAUUGUUUACUUGUAAAGUCAUCUUUCAUUCCUCAUCGUGAUUAUGAGCAUAAAGUGUAAUAUUUCAGUAUUAUUUUACUGACCUGGUGCAUGAAUAAGAACGCUACGUGUGUUUAUACAUUUCAGAAAGAUAUCAGAGCGCUAUGUGAAUGAAAUUGAAAUAUACAUUUUUUCACACUUCUCACAGUCAAUAGCAGCAAUUUUGUCUCAAUUUGAAAUGUGAUACUUUAUGUUAAAUCCGCAUCUUUUAAAAUAUAUUUUCGGAUACAUGCUUACAUGCAGAAUCUAUUGGUAUAAAUACAGAAUGUAAUAACAGGGCAUUGUGUUUCUAGUUCAGUGAGCAUGCUCAGUCGCUACAUCUUAAACUAAACCUAAAUUUACCAGCACUUACUGUGAGCGACCUCGUGUGUUUUUCAGGUUGAAACAGAAGUUCUCAUUUUGGUUUGAACAUUAUAACAGCUACGAUUAAACAGACUGCUAUAUUACUUUAUGGAUUCACAUGCCAAAGCAAGACUUCAUAUGAUAUGUAGAAGGCAGCAAAGAUUUUUUGUUCUUUGACCUUUAAUUAUUUUGAAUAAUAUAUAUAUAUUUUUAUUUGACUAAUUUUUUAAACCCCGAUAAAUGAACUACAAGUGAGUUGUUACAGAGAACUGGACUAAAUUUGAACAUCCUUGUUGAUUAAUUUCUUGAUUAUACUGUGGCAGUUACCCCACUUCUGCAUACAAAUGAUUGUGUGGAGACUAAAGCUAAAGAUAAAUUGACUUUCGGCAAUGAUCUGAUCUAAUUAAAAGUGUAGAUGAUUUAAAUGUGGAGUAAAUGGAAAAUCUGGUUAGUGUCAAAGGAAGAUGGAGAGAGAUUUUCUCAGGAAUUAGUCUUGACUUUCAGAUUUCAUAUUCUUGCGGAUUGACCCUCAAAGCAAUAUUUAAAGAUGCAGGAAACAUGAUUUAGAGUUGCACUAUUUUCAAAUAUAGUUAUGCAUGUGACAUACUUCCCAAAGCAUUUGAAGUUAGAGAAAACAUAAAAUAAAAGGUAAUAUGUCCAGAUGCCAGGAUAGAGAGAGAUUAAAGAGAGAACCCUACUACUAGAAAACCACAGAAAUAAUGCAGAUGACCUCAAAGCCUCAAACCACAACAAAUCCACAUGGCUUAAGUUGCUAAUAUGCAAACAUGGCACACAAUAUAACACUAACAGAGGAAUCUUCCUCCCAUAAACUGUAUGUUUAAUCCAGAUGAACCAUUAAAUGACCUGAACUGAACUUCUUUACCGGCAAUUUGUUGGAUGAAGAUAUAGUUAAUUUAAGUAAUGAAACAACACAAUUAACAAUUUUGAGUUUCUUGUAGCUUUAAGUUAAACGGGAAAACUUUAACAAUCAAAUAUACAAGAAAACAUGUCAGAAGUAAUGUAGGGUCAUGUCUUGUAGCAGUUUCUAAUAUGCAUACUGUAUUAUAAAAGUAAUAAAAACUCUUAAUGUAACAUCCUGCUGUCAGUUACAACUUAAAAUACAUGAUCAGAAAAAUAUGUCAUUAAAUAAAAUCUGCAAAUAGCAUUUUUAGUUUCUAAUACGUUUUUAAAACAAUAUGUACAAGGCCAGUUUGGUUUUACUGAACUGAUCCUGAGGUGUUGCAUUAUAUAGUAAGAGAGCACUGUGUCACUGAAAUGGUAUAAAGAUACAAUCGUAGUGCAUUUUUAGUUCCUCUUACUGUAACUUUCAGGAGCUAAACAAAAUAUUCACAGUUCGCCAGCUCGAUGCUCUUUUCUUUUUCAAGACCAAAGUCCAAGCAAUACAACACAUGAUUUUUAUGAUGUCAAUAUGCAACUUACUGCAGAAUGAUUUCUUAUUUUUAUAUUUGUGAUUGUGUUUUUAUUCUUAACAACUGCUUUUGAUUUAUAACACUUGUUAUUUUCUAUACUUGACCUGGUUGAUCACACUACAGAUGAUUUGUACAGAAAUGCAGCGUAUUUCUCAUGAACGUCAGGAGGCGUGCCUUGGGGAGAAGAAAUAUUCUUUUGCUAAAGCUAUUAAGCCUAAUGACUUUACCUGCAAAUUAAAUGUCACUGAAAUUAGAAACCACACAAUUGUAAGCUAUAGAAUGAAGUAUGACUCUAACUUAUGUAUUUAACUGAAAGUGACUGAUGUACAGUAAAUAUUUUGUGUGUUUCAAUGUUACGGUGAUGAAGGUGAUAACAGUAGUUACAACGACAAGAAUCAUCCCCCCCUCUUAUUUAUUUCACCCAUUUGUCUGUCUGUGAAUAAAAUGUUGAAUCUC